CUACGGGUAGAUGAGCCUGCUUUCUGCCAAUGGUUCAUACAGGCUAUUCUGUAUUCUAGUUACUAUAGACAAUCAAUGACAGGGUGUACUAGAGCCACAAUACAGCACAUACUAUUUAUUUAUUUAGAACUGUCUGUACCAAGUUCAACAAAAGUAGGAAAUAAAACUCCAAUCUCCUGACAUGGCUUUAGUUGGAGUUAGAGCUUCAUACCACAGGAUUCUUAACCAGAUCGAGCUCAAACUACCUGCUAAACUGAGACCUUUCUACAACCAUCCAGCAGGUCCAAAGACAGUCUUCUUCUGGGCACCAGUGUGUAAAUGGGGUCUGGUUAUGGCUGGCAUGGCUGAUAUGACAAGGCCAGCUGAUAAACUGAGUCUCUCUCAGUCUGGAGUACUCAUGACUACAGGUGUUAUUUGGUCCCGAUAUUCUCUUGUCAUUAUUCCGAAGAACUGGGGUCUCUUUUUUGUCAACGGUUUUCUUGGAUUGGCAGGAGCCAACCAACUUGUUAGAAUCUGGAUGUACCAACAGGAAGUAAAGAAGCAACAGGACGAGAAGGCCCAGAUCCCCAUCAUAUAACCCACGCCCACACACACACACACACACACACAUAUACACACACACACACACACACACACACACACACACACACACACACACACACACACACACACACACACACACACACACACACACACACACACACAUAUUUAAUUUCUUCAUGUCUUAAUCCAUUUUUAUGCAAAGUCUGUAAAGUCAACCUUCAACAGUCACUAACAUUGGUUUGAUAUACAGUACAUAUCACAGGUCUUAUAUACAGUACAUAUCACAGGUCUUAUAUACAGUACAUAUCACAGGUCUUAUAUACAGUACAUAUCACAGGUCUUAUAUACAGUACAUAUCACAGGUCUUAUAUACAGUACAUAUCACAGGUCUUAUAUACAGUACAUAUCACAGGUCUUACAUACAGUACAUAUCACAGGUCUUAUAUACAGUACAUAUCACAGGUCUUAUAUACAGUACAUAUCACAGGUCUUAUAUACAGUACAUAUCACAGGUCUUAUAUACAGUACAUAUCACAGGUGGCCGGUUGCAACUUAAUUUGGGAGGGCUGGCUCAUAGUGAUGGCUGGAACGGAAUACAUGGAAUUUCCAUGGUUACCAUGUGUUUGAUAACAUUCUAUUCACUCCAUUCCAGCCAUUAAUAUUAGCAUUCCUCCCCUCAGCAGCCUCCUGUGAUAUGUAUAUAACCAGGCACUAUAUUCUAAUAGGCCUAAUGAAUAUGUAGGAAUUUACAUUCCUUCCUUUUUUGUGUUAGAAUUAUUUUGAGACCAAGGAAAUAUCAGGUUUUGGCUCGAACUCUCAAUAUUUGUAAUAGAUUUGUGCCUUUAAAUAUUUACUUAGUAUUAUGUGCAUUUAAUACAGUUGUUUGUAGGAUUACAUAAUUGUUGUAAUUUAAAUAAAAUAAUGUAUUUAUGAAA